AUGAUCCAUUCAUCAAUCAAGAGCACAGCCUUUGUCAUCUCCACCAUAUCUCCACCAUUUGCCUUCUUGAUCUCAGGCUAUCUUUCUUCAGAGAUCUCUUCUCGACGGCAAUUUUCAUAUUUACGCUAUGGUUCCCACAUGGGCUUGGGGCAGAUCUGUUCAGAGUCGCCUGAGCUUUGGACUGGAGCAUUCCAAAGGUCCAAAACCUUUCGUAUCUUUCGUGCUUGGAGCAUUUUGAGGAGGCUCAUCGCUUAUGCCCUCGCGUGGAGCCAAUCAAUGGUCUACAAGGCCCUGGCUCUCCCACCUUCUGAAAAAAAAAAAAACAAGGAUGAAAGCGUUGCAGAGAGCCAAGGAGGUGCAAAAUUUGGAG